CGUGCGGGCAACUCCUCCCUCCGCCUGUCAGACCUAUCUGAUCUCCCUCUCAUCAUGGCUCCGGCGGCGGACAGGCCGGGCUACUGGGGAACACCGACCUCAACUCUCGACUGGUGCGAGGAGAAUUAUGUGGUCUCGUAUUACAUCGCAGAAUUUUGGAAUACCGUCAGUAACCUGAUAAUGAUCCUACCUCCCAUUUAUGGAGCCAUUCAGACAUGCAAAGAUGGUUUGGAAGUACGCUAUGUGUGGUCCUUUUUAGGACUUGCUGCCGUAGGCAUUGGCUCAUGGAGCUUCCACAUGACACUACAGUAUGAAAUGCAGUUACUGGAUGAGCUGCCGAUGAUCUACAGCUGCUGCGUGUUUGUUUACUGUCUAUAUGAGUGCUUCAAGCAAGAGCGUGCCGUUAACUAUUUGUCAAUUACACUUUUGCUGACCUUCAGUAUUAUUGUUAGUGUGAUUUACCUAAUAUGGAAGGAGCCUGUUUUUCAUCAGGUCAUGUAUGCCGUACUAGUGGCUUUCCUGGUGAUCCGCUCUGUUUUCAUAGUCACCUGGGUGUACCCAUGGCUCAGAGCCCUCGGCUUUACAUCGUUAAGCGUCUUCCUGUUGGGAUUUGUAUUAUGGAACAUCGAUAAUAUUUUCUGUGACUCUCUAAGAGCCACACGGCAGCGGCUGCCCCCUGUGGUCGGAGCGGUUACGCAGCUUCAUGCCUGGUGGCACAUCCUAACAGGCCUGGGGUCAUAUUUACACAUACUCCUCAGCCUUCAGAUUCGCUCGACCUACCUCAAGCACAGACCAAAAGUGAAGUUUUUAUGUGGCGUUUGGCCGAUGCUGCACAUCGAAUCUCAGAAGACGAGUUGAAAGGGACCCGAGAAGAGGAAGAUGGACCAAUCACAGACCUCAGACAGACAGAGGUCCAGCCAAUGAGCUUCAACGGCAGCAGGAAGUGACCAGCGGCUGUCGGUUUGGUUCCCCCGGUUCCCUCGUUCUCCUUCUCGCUCCGUUUGCCAAGUGCAUUACUGAGAAAGCUGCCAGACGAAGGAAAGCUUUUGUCUUCAUUAUAGGUUAGACGCGAGGUUUGUGGUUUUGUGAUUUUGCACACCUUAAUAUGUAUAAAAAUUGUAUAAAUCAGAGGGUCUAAUUAGCGAGAAAGAAGCGGCCAAAACUAGGAUUAGGUUCCAGCUGGUAUUUCUUUGUUGCCUUCAUGAGGGAAACUAAUAUAGCUCUGAGGAUCAUAUCUAGUCAGUUCUGCAUCUCAUAUAUUUUACUUGAACUUAAUGUAGAUUAUGCAAAAUUUUACUUAUCUCUACAUUUUUUGAGAUUAUGAAGGUCAAAUUAAGCAGAUCAGAAAAAUGAAUGAGUGUUAAUAAAUUGGGAGUAAAGUAUCUUUUUCCAGAAGAUAGGGAUGGGAUAUUACUGCUAGACAUUUUACUGUAAUAAUGGUCAUUGUGUUCAUUGUGUUUCAGAGAUACAGUAGCAUGUUACAUAAUCGUUUCCAUGUUACACAUAUAGCAUUAUUAAUUACAGUAGAGCAGAUUAACAAAAGUCACGAAUUGCUCUGCAAAGUGACUCGCCCAGAAAGCCACACGAAUCAGCGUUUUUUUUAACAAAUUGUUCAUUUAACGACUCUUAAAGAUUGUCAAGAUUCCUGUGUUUUAAACAAAUCAGUUAAAUGAGUGACUCAAGCCCAAACUGAUUUAAGGACAAACCAGAAAUUAUAGCUGUAAAAAAAAAGAACUAGUUAAGUGUGAUUGUGCCCUUCAAACAUUUCAAGCCCCUCGUGUCACCAAUAUGUAACUGAAUUAAAUUGAAUUUAAUCUCAUUUUAGGUAAACUAAUUACGAAUAUAGUGUUUAAUACGAGCAUUUUAUGAAGGAAUUAUUAUGAGUGCUAAUUUACAUUGAGCUAAGAUACUCAAAUACUGUUACUCAGUUAAGAGUAAAUGCAUUAAAAACAUUAUUAUUAUUUGUAAAUUAAUGUUUCAUAAGCUAGAUAGGCAUAUCCAUUAUAUUCUCCUCUCUAAUAUUGACUACUUGAACUGCCACUGGCUGCGCUUGCGGUCAAAAAAACGACACUGAACUGUGGUUACGUAUGAAGACAUGUAGGCUAUUAAUAUUGAUUAGUCAUUUGUUUUUUGUAUUGUGCCAAGUUAAUGGUUCAACGAGAACACAAUCAUCUCUAUGCGAAGCACAGUGGAUCAAAAUAAAAUCGUACAUUUUCCGGUGAGAUGUGAGGCACAAUGUUUAAACGAUAAACCGAUAAAGCUUCGGUUGGAGUUGGGUAUGUACCACUGAGGGUGCCUUACAUUAAACUGUAGUUUAUUCCUUGUUGCCUUGAUGUCAAUUAUAUUAAAUAACUACGAUUGACCAAUUCUAUCACAUAUCUACUGAUUCAAAUAAAAGCAAGAGGUCAAGCUACAGCGAAAUUACUGCCACUAUCACAGCAGUUUAGUGCCUAAAUCCACUGACUCAGUUGUGUAGAUAACAGGCAAUACAUUUUUGGACCUCUAAACCUGACUGCUUAUGACUGCAAUGGUGAGUUAUAAUAAUGGAAUAUUGUGGCUAACCUUCCCAGCAUUGUCCUGUAAAGGCUGUGUAACGAUUUAUGUAUGUUUUGUGUGUUUUGUGGUUUCUUUUUUUGGCUCAUUAAAAUCUAUGUUGCCAAAACA